UGUCACCUAAACCCCACCCUCGAAGCACGCUCUAUUCGACGUGAUAGCAUGACAGACACAUCCCAUCCUGUUCCGAUUCUACUCGGUCACGAUCACACCUCUCACCCUCUCCAGCCCAACGGCCUUGGCGUCGAUCGCGCCGCCCCCGUCGCUCCGCUCUUGGACGACAGCCCGGAAGACGAUGGACAGAUAAGCUGCAUCUGCGGCUAUCCCGAUGACGAUGGCUGGACCGUACAGUGCGAUGACUGCAAUCGAUGGCAGCAUCAAGUGUGCUACUACCCCGAAUACGAAGACCGCUCUCUUCCCGACGACCUCCAACAUUACUGCCUCGACUGCCGCCCGCGCGCUUUCGACCACGAGAGUGCGCGGGUGCGACAAAAGAUCAAGAGGGAAGAGCAGGCAUCGGAGGUCAAUGGUAUGAAGCGCGCGGCUCCGAAGAGCCACAAGAAGAAGGUCAAAGAGCCAGCGUACACCAACGGAUGGCCGCUCGACAAGGCGCGACACGAUCGCAACAGCGCAAGCCCCCGCGAUCAGCCCCCUCCUGCAAAACGACCGAAAACGAGCCACCGUCCCUCGGAUUCCACCGCCACCGUCACCUCCACAAAAGGCCACUCACGCAAACGCAACGCCUCGACUGCAAAUCAUCGCCGCAGCGUCUCCAACUCCCCCGAGUUUCCCUCCGACCUCUACUCCGAACACUUCAUUCGCUGUUAUAUGAACGACUGGAUCGAACCCGACUCGAAUUGCCAUGCCUCCACCGACGUGAGCAAUGCCCUCUCGGACUGGCUCCUCGCGCCGGACGACGACUUCAAGGAAACGCAUGGCCGCGCCAAAGGCGAAAUUCUAUGGCGGUACGACGGCGACCUCGAGGACAUGUCCCCCAAAGCCGUUGUCGAGCAGCGGGAAGAGCACGACGAGCGCGUCAAGGAUGCCGAUGGCAACCACCCCACCUGGAAGUGGCUGACUGUGCGAGAGCCGAUUGCGACUAACGCUUUCAUCGGCGAGCUCAAAGGCUACGUCGGGUUUCGGGAGGACUACAUCCAAGACCCCUUGAACCGCUGGGCCUCGCUUCGACACCCGGAGCCGUUCGUCUUCUUCCACUCACAGCUACCCAUCUAUGUUGACGCGCGGAACGAAGGCACUCAAAUGCGAUAUGUUCGGCGAAGCUGUCAGCCCAACGCGAAGUUGCAGGUGCUAGUCACGGACUCGAGGGACUACCGCUUCUGUUUCAUCGCGACCACGCAAAUCGAUCCAGGCACGGAGAUAUCGGUGGCCUGGGAAGCUGGCGACAGUAUCCCCGGGUACACACACGAUGAGCAGAACCCCAUGUCCGAAGCGCAGCUGGAACAAAUGAAUGCGUGGGUGUCGAAUGUGCUGACCAACUGCGGACCCUGUGGCUGUCACCGACCCGUGGAGAACUGUUUCAUGGCAAGACUCGACCGCCGAGGCAUGCAGAAUAGAAGUAGCAUGGAAGUACAGCCGGUAAAGGUGGGAGUGAAGUCGAAAAAGAGGGCGAAAAGUUCACACUACAUGUCACCGUUGAACACAAACCUCAACAGCCGCUCUGGCAGUGAGGCCCGCCGAGUCGAUGGUGAAGAUGAGCCCUCGGAGUCUCGGUCUGCGUCUGGCUCAGCAGGUCGCGACUCCGCAAGUCGCGACAUCACGCCAAACUCCCACUACCUUCCCUCCGCCGCGCUGCCCAAGAUGUCCGAGAUGUCGGAGCGGGAGCGGAAGAAGCUGGCCAAAGAAGAGGCGAUGUUCAAGAAGCAAGAGGAGGAGAUGACCGGCAAGCAUGGGAAGAAGAAGCGCCAUAGUGGUGGCGGCUCCAACGCCCAGACGCCCAACCCGACCUCCUCCAAACAGCCGGCAGCAUCCUCGAAGUAUGCGGACGUAGGCACAGCCAAGCAACUGAACCUGCCGUCUAAGCCUGGCAGGAAGCCCAAGGGCUCCACGGCACGAAGCUCCCCCGCUAGAGCGGCCGCCAAAGCGCCGAGGAGGCCCAAGCCAAACUACGUCGAUGCUAGCGUGCAGUGCGAUCGAGAGGAGGAACCAGAUAUGCUGCGUCUGCCUUCAUCAGAGCCGCGGAGGCCAUACAUUUCCACCACGCAACGCCUGUUACAGCGCUGCGCACUCAACAACGCGCGAGCGAAUGGCCCUCAGGCUCUGGCGGAGGCCGAACGUCAGAUCAAGGAGGACGAAAAGAUGGAGCUGGAUUCGGUCGCGAGCCAACAGCCUGUGAAAUCGGCGUCUCCCGCGCGUGACGAGUUGGAACCUACGACUGAACAGGCCGAAGCUCAAGACGUCGAAAUGAAGGAUGUCAAUGUGAAAGACUCUCAACCUACCGACACCGAGACGGCCUCUGCACCUUCGACCCUCUCCGCUCCACCUCCCGCAUCCGAACCUCUCGCUCCGUCCGCACUCCAUCACCAGCGACCCCCAGAUAUGCACCUCCAAAUGCCGCCUCCGCCCACAAACCCCUUCUCCACCUCGGCCCCUUCAUCCGCCAUCUCCACUACCGCUACCACACCCUUCACCAACGCAAACAACAACGCCACCAUCCUUCAGUCCCCCCUCGUCAUGACUCCAGGCGCCACUGCGCCCAUCUUCCCCCUGUUCUCCCCCUCCGUCACCGCCGCCGUCAAUCCCAGUCCCGCGAAAAAGAAGCUGAGUCUAAGCGACUACACACGCCGCACCAAAGCCACGAAAGACGGCGGCAAAGACGGCGGUGCCGGCGGGCUCGGCGAGGUCAAGAGCGAGCGGGAGAGCUCGCCCGCUUCGUCCGUCGUCGAGGCUCCUGGAACCGCCCCGUCCUCUGCGACGACCGUCGAGCCGCCCGUCUUGCUUCCUACUGCCUCGGAGAUGGAGAAGGCUGAUGAGAACGCUGUUGAGGAUGGCGGCGAGGAGGGCGAGGCGGAGCAAGACCCGGAUGUGAAGAUGGAGGAUGCGGGUGCUGCUGCUGCUGCUUCUACUGCCGAUGCUGCUGUCAUUGAUGCGCCUGCUGCAGUUGAGGAUCCUCCUGCUACGGUAACGGCGGAGUGA